AUGGCUGAGAUGGCUAGGAGCACGAGGGAGCGUGGCUACAUGAUCGAGCAGUUUAUGCGGAUGAAGCCUCCAUCUUUUGCUAAAAAAGUUGACCCAAUUGUGGCUGAAAAUUGGGUUCAGGAUAUUGAGGAGAUUUUGGUGGUACUUUCAUAUACAGACAAACAUAAGGUGUCGUUUACGUCGUUUAAACUGACAGGAGAGGCAAAAUGCUGGUGGAGAUCAGCACGAUUGAUUAAGGAACAAAGGCCUAAUCCUGUUCCAGUGACGUGGAGUCGAUUCAAGGAGCUGUUCUUCGAGCGAUAUUUCCCUUCUAUCAUUCGAAGUGCAAAGGCAACGAAUUUCCUGCAUUUAGCUCAGGGGCAGAUGAUAGUAUCACAGUAUGCAGCACAAUUUAUUGAGUUGUCUCAUUUUGCCUCACACUUGGCACCAGACGAGGAUAAGAAAGUAAGGAAAUUUGAGGAAGGCCUAAGGCAGAAUUUGUAUGUGCAAGUCAUCGAUUUUCAAGCUCAGACGUUCGUGGAGGUGGUGGACAGAGCUGCCGUUAUUGAGAAUGGCAUGCAGGGAGGUGUCACAGCUCAAAGUCAGAGGAAGAGACCCACGCCUCAGGAUUUUCAAACGAGUUCUAGCCAGGGGCCUUGGAGGGGAGACCAAUAUGGAGGUAGUCAGGCACGGAUGAUGGGGCGCAGUGGUCCUCAGGGUGGACGAACUAUUCCUAUUUGUCCCAAAUGUGGUCGGAGGCAUCCAGGUGAGUGUAGAAUGGGAGAGGGCGUCUGCUAUCAUUGUGGGAGACCCGGGCACAGGUCUUGGUCGUGUCAAGGAUUACCAGCACAAGGACCAGCUCCCAAACCAUUUCGGGGUGGUUAUCAGGCGCCCCGUGGAGGCUAG